GCGCAUAUAGUGAAUGCAGGGUCCGGGGAGAGCAGAUAUAGUGAAUGCAGGGUCCAGGGAGAGUGGAUAUAGUGAAUGCAGGGUCCAGGGAGAGCGGAUAUAGUGAAUGCGGGGUCCGGGGAGACCAGAUAUACUGAAUGCAGGGUCCGGGGAGACCAGAUAUAGUGAAUGCAGGGUCCGGGGAGACCAGAUAUAGUGAAUGCAGGGUCCAGGGAGAGCAGAUAUAGUGAAUGCAGGGUCUGGGGAGACCGGAUAUAGUGAAUGCAGGGGUCCAGGGAGAGCGGAUAUAGUGAAUGCAGGAACCGGGGAGAGCGGAUAUAGGGAAUGCAGGGUCCAGGGA